GGACGUGAAGAAGAUCGUCGCGGAGGAGAGCGGCAUUCAGCCCGAGCACAUGCGGCUGCUCUACAAGGGCAGGCUCUUGAAGGACGCUCUUACCCUUGAGCAGGAGGGGUACGAUGCUGCCGAGCCAGUGAACGUGCUCUACACCGCAGGCCACACAGCCCUCGUCGGCGGCAGCCAGAAGCAGGAGUUCUGGUUCGUUUUCGUCGCCGUGGCCUUCGCCACGCAUGGCGUCUGGAAGCACACCCUGGCCCAAAAUUGCGCGUUGGUGCUGCGAUUCAGGUCUCCGUGGGCCUUGUUUCGGUGCAGGCAAGCUUGCCAAUUUAUUGUGCUCUUCGUUCAGUUCAUCUCAGCGCCAGGUGAUUCGCAACCCAUUUAAUCCGCGGGCGCCUCAGUUGACCAAGCGAGAUACUUGAUCAGGGUGCUUCAGCAGACCCUCACGUGCUGGGCGAGACGUGCUACAUCGCACAGAGAGUUGACGGGCUGUCUUGAGACUUGGAGCGCUGCCAUUGCAUCGAAAGCAGCGCCCCUUGCCAUACUCAACCCGUGUUCGUGUAGUCGCUGCCCGGUGACGCUCGCAACGGUGAGAUAGGAGCACGACGACCUCUCGUCGAGGACUGUGCCGCCCAGCACCACCCGGCAGGACUCCGACGGGCCGCCGGGGCACCACCGGCGCGUCCGCGCCAGUUCCAUGCCAAUACAGGGGCGCGACGGCUCCGUGAGCGAGCUUCGUGCACGUCGCGACCCCGCCGCAGCAAGGCUCGUGAAGGAGGGAUCCGCCGCUCGCUCCGAUCUGCACCGCUCUUCGUGCCAUCGCGCCGCUCCCCCUUGCGCGCGAGCCCGAGGCAUCUCGCGCUCGUGUGCUCGCCCGGCCGCCGAUCGGAGGGCGGUCGCUCGGCUCUGUACCUGCCUCAAAGAUCGGGGGCGGAAAAGAGGGGGCUGAUGACUGGGGGGGUGGAUAUCACGGCG